CCAUACAUCAUCAAACGCUAACUUCCACAUUCAGUUUGAUUUCAGUUUCCGUUUUUCUCCAAUGAACUUCAGUCUACUCAAGGUUUAUACACUUUUUUCUCUAGCGCUGGUUGCAAGUCAUGCAGUGAAUCCUGAUGUUUACUGGAAGUCUGUAUUGCCAAACAGUCCUAUGCCCAAGGCAAUCAAGGAACUUGUACAAACUACAGAAUGGUCGGAAGAGAAGAAUACAGCAGUCGGAGUUGGAGAGGACGGUGUAGCUGUGCAUACAGGAAAACCAGGGAAACACACGGAUGUUGGUAUUGGAUACGGACCAAAUCCAUUCAUAUACAACUAUGCUGCCUCCGAAGAUCAACUCAAGGAUAACCCAAACGUAGCGUUUUUUUUCUUGGAAAACGACUUGCAUCAAGGCACAGAAAUGAAGUUACACUUUAUUAAAGACGACCAAAAAGUCACUUUCUUACCUCGACAGGUAGCUGAGUCUAUAUCAUUUUCAUCAAACAAACUUCCUCAAAUCUACAAUGAGUUCUCGAUAAAAUCCGACUCCAUGGAAGCCCAAUACAUGAAGCAAACACUAAGGGAAUGCGAGAACAAAGGAAUCCAAGGCGAGGAAAAAUGUUGUGCUACCUCAUUAGAGUCGAUGGUCGAUUUUAGUACCACCACGUUAGGUAAAAACGUUAAAGCGAUAUCAACAGAGGUAAACGCUAAAGAAAGUACUCCGUUACAAAAGUACACGAUUGAAGGAGCCAAGAAACUUGCUGCAGAUAAAGCUGUGGUUUGCCAUAAGCAAAAGUACGCAUAUGCUGUGUUUUAUUGCCACAAAACUGUCAGCACUCGAGCGUAUUCUGUUUCUUUGGUGGGAGCUGAUGGUACCAAAGCUAAAGCAGUGACCGUUUGUCAUACAGACACUUCGAAGUGGAAUCCGAAACAUUUGUCGUUUCAAGUGCUCAAUGUCAAACCAGGAAGUGUUCCAGUUUGCCAUUUCUUACCCGAAGAUCAUGUUGUUUGGGUUCCAUACUAAUAAACACUGCAGGAAGAACAUGUUACACCUAUAUAUGUAGUGCGUGUCAUGUAUCUUUUCUGGACAAUUUAUAAGGUUUACUAGUCACGUACACUAGUUUUUACGGAUUUGCUGCAUCUUUCUGUUUGUAAGGUUUAUCAAUGUUUGUAAGCUUAAAUAAUAAAUACUACUUCUUUUAAUUAGUUAUGUA